AUGAAGAUGAAGUCGAGCGUCAUUUUGGGCGCGGCACUUUCUGUCGCCCCGGUGCGGGGACAACAUACCCUCACAGCUGAGUCAAUCCAGAAGAUGGGCAAUAAUACUCUCUUCGAGCGUUGGAGGCCAACCUCCCAUUUUCUUGCGCCGGCAGGAUGGAUGAAUGAUCCGUGUGGUCCGAUAUUUGAUCCUGUACGUGGACUCUACCAUCUUCAGUAUCAAUUCCAUCCAAAUCAUAUCAGCUGGGGUAAUGUCUCCUGGGGCCAUGCCACCAGUCCGGACCUGAUAACUUGGACCGACGUUGACCACCACGACAACGACAUUCCAGCUUGGAAAGAUUCCGAAGCGCAGUCUAUCGGAACAACCAAUUCCACAGGCAGUGGCAAGCACAAUCCCGCCCUAUACAACCACCUCGCCAUCUUCUCCGGCGGUGCCCAGCCCGUCAAUCUAUCCGGUGAGGUCGACGGCACAAUCCUACUCUUCUACACCGGCGCCUCGAGCUUGCCAACAGCAUGGAACACGCCCUACGCUCGCGGAACAGAAAGCCAGGCGCUCGCGUACUCCACUGAUGGCGGGAAAACAUGGGAAGAUUACAAGAGCAACCCAGUGAUCAGUGAGCCACCAGAAAAUUGGAACGUCACUGGCUGGCGUGAUCCAUAUUUCGUCUCGUGGCCAGAGCUGGACAAACUCCUCAACGCGACCGAGCCUCACUUCUAUGCCGUACUUGGCUCUGGCAUCCGCGAAGUCGGUCCGCGUAUUCCUCUAUACAAAGCUAAAGCCUCUGAUCUCACGGACUGGACCUUUAUGGGUGCGCUUUGGGAACCGGAGAAGAAUACUUCUCUAGGUAGUAUCGAGGAAACCGGAUCCUACGGAUUCAACUUCGAGCUGUCCAACUUCUUCUCUAUUGGUGAUCGCUACUUCGUCAGCAUGGGUGCAGAGGGAGGCAACGUGAGUUUCCACCAGAACAAGUGGUCUUUAUGGAAUGAGGGUACAAUCUCCGUCCGUUCGAAUGGGAGCAUUGCUUUUGAACCAGUAUCCGGUGGUGCCAGUGAUUGGGGCUUGUUAUACGCAAUCUCAUCUUUCAACGACACAAAGAACAACCGCCGCAUCCAAUGGGGCUGGGCGCAGGAAGAUCUCAACGACUUCGGCGCCGUUCAACAAGGUUACCAAGGCGCCUUCGCUCUACCCCGAGAAGUCUUCAUUCAAGACACUCUGAACGUGCUCCGCGACUCCCCGUCCAAAGUCACUACCCUCGGCAACGCACGCUUCUUCAAAAACGCCAAUGGAACAUGGACAGCCAGCACACUGGGCGUCCGACCAGCGCCCGAUGUCGUAAAGGGUCUGCAGCACGGCUCAAACCACACAAAAUACCCCUGCAACGCACGAAGCUGCAGGACAAACCAGAUCAAACUACCGAACCACCUCUCCAACUCCUACCAACUCAGUCUGAGCAUCAAGAGCACCACCGGCGUGGCGGGUAUCACAAUCGGGGCAUCGCCUGAUCGUGAAGAGUACACGAACAUCUACUUCGAUCCAUCGAAUAACACAAUCGGUGUCGACCGCGCUCAUUCAUCUCUUAUCAAGGAAUUCACAAAUUACACUCAUGCGGGAUAUUUCAAGCCGUAUCAGAUUGCACAGAAGAACACUUCUCCUGUGGCCGAGACUAUUGAUCUAACGAUCUUUGUGGAUGGCUCUCUAAUCGAGGUUUAUGCCAACGAUCGCUUCGCAUUGACGAGCCGGAUUUAUCCUAGUCGCGAGGAUAGUACGGGCAUUUCCUUCUUUGCCGGAGAGGGUGCUGAUGUCGAGUACUCUAGGCUUGAGAUUUGGGAUGGGUUGCUUAAUGUUUGGCCUGAUCGGCCGAGGAAUAGUAGCUCGCUGCUUGUUUUUGAUACGCCUGCUGAGACGGGCAAUUAUACUUGGUGGGCUGGGAAUUAA